UUUGUGAUCUUUAUGAUGUUGAGGUCUGCCAUACUUACUUGAAGCGGAGAACUGCUGGCACAAUCUCCCGUCACAGGUCACUGACGACUGACUAGCUCUCGAGGAUUCUGUCGCAGUUCUCGAGGAUACGUCUUAGCAAUGGCAUCAUACCUCUCUUACUUCACAUCCAACACCUCAUCAAGCGCCCUGCCUGCGUCUCAAGGAUCAACAUGGUCGAACACGUUCUCCUCUCGGAUAGCUACCCUACGGAAGGCGUUGACGAAGGACUCCGAGGAAGAUGAUCCAGACAACGAAGAUUGCUCGCAUAUAUCCAAUGUCCUACGAGCUUAUUAUACAGAGAAAGGCCGUUCUUUGCCUGAAUGGCUCCCCCCCGACCCCAAGAAGCCUAUCGCUCCUCCUCCUCAGCCACAGGGGGCCUAUGGACAGUAUGGCAACAACAUGUAUGCCUCUCAGUUUGGCAAUCACCAACCGCAUUCGAGAGGAUCGUCAGGUGGAAGAGGAGGUGGCUUAUCUGAUCUAUGGGAUCCGGCACCGGCUCCUGCGCCCAUCGCAGCACCUCCUCAGAGCCUUAGGGCUGCUCGUCCGACACCCCAAGCUCUGCGCUCUAAUGACUCGGCAGUGUCACACUCCAGCGGCGGCAGUCAGACCGCAUCAUUCGGAGCCCCAGCGCCUGCACCCCGACCACUCCCAAGUCAAAGAGCGGGAAGUCACCAAAUAAAUCCUGCUCCGAACACGCAAGCUCUGGGAUCUCGCGAGAGAUUGCGCGCACGACUUCAGGCUGGAGGAAGCGGAAGGAGCAGUCCUUCGUCUGGUCUGAGUGGCGGAGGAAGUGGUGGGCAGGCAUCUUAUGGCCCCUCUGGAGCGAGCAACAACAAUCCGAACCGAAGUGGGUCGUCUCAGCCCUAUAUCUCAGCCUCAGAACCGUGGUCGACGGGCGGAGAUUCUUAUGCCUAUGAUGGUGGGAACAACAGCUCCGGUCUUUCCUCGACUCAAUAUGCUGGUCAGGACUCUCGACAGCGACCUGGCGGGCCACGCUGACGACGAGUUCG